CUCCAUUCUUAAGCUUUACCCAUCCUGCAAUUAAUUAGCCACGCACUAAUUACUCUCCCUCUCUCCAUCUUCCUUUCUCUCUCCCUCUCUUCAUCUCUCUUUCUCUCUCUCUCUCUUUCCAUCUAAUUUCCAGAGGAGAGAUUCUGAAGCUGGAAGAAGAAGAAGAAGAAAGCAACGGUGAAAAGGGCGGGGAUCACAUUCCAUUCGGAAGGGGGAGACAAAAUUCAUUUAUUACUCUCUUCUCCUCUGUCUCUCUAAUAAUAUCCAUUACAGACGGGGGAGAUAGAGAUAGAGAGAGAAAUUCUGGAAUUCAGAGAAACAUUCCAUCUCUGCUGCCUUCUUCAAGACCAUGAUUGAGGAUUCAGAGUAUGGUUGGUUGGACCUGUUUUCUUUAUAUAAAACAUGAACAAAUGCCACAUAAAGAUGUUGUAACAGAGGAGGAAGAAGAUAACUCAUCUGUCUUCUCUCUAUGAUUGCCUGAUUGAUUUCUUCACAUUAUUUCCCACCCUCUCCCGACGACCACGACUAAAUGGGGGUCAGCGAGGCAGGGGAACAACAACUGCCGCGGGUGGUGGUUACCGGCACAGGCGGUGGUGGUGGUGAUGAAGAGAGGAUCCUUGUAUCUGUCAGACUUAGGCCUUUGAACGACAAUGAGAUUGCAGCAAGAGAUGUUUCAGAUUGGGAAUGUAUUAAUGACAACACUGUCAUUUACAAGAAUGGAAACCUUCCAUUGCCUGAGCGAUCAAUGUACCCCACCUCCUACACUUUUGACAGGGUAUUUCGGAGUGAUUGUUCUACUAAGCAGGUCUAUCAAUCAGGAGCUAAAGAAGUUGCUCUCUCUGUUAUUAAUGGCAUUAACUCUACGGUCUUUGCGUAUGGGCAAACAAGCAGUGGAAAGACACACACCAUGAGUGGUAUUACCGAGUACACAAUAGCAGAUAUUUACAAUUACAUUGAAAAGCAUAUGGAAAGGGAGUUCAUCUUGAAGUUCUCUGCCAUGGAGAUUUACAAUGAAUCUGUUAAGGACCUUCUCACCACGGAUAACACUCCACUUAGACUUCUUGAUGAUCCAGAGAGAGGAACUGUUGUGGAGAAACUCACAGAGGAGCCUUUGAGGGAUUGGAAUCAUGUAAUGGAGCUUCUUUCGAUUUGCGAAGCUCAGAGACAAGUGGGGGAGACCUUAUUGAAUGAAGUCAGUUCUAGAUCUCAUCAAAUCAUCAGGCUUACAAUUGAUAGUUGCCCUCGUGAAUUCGUAGGGAGGGAAAACUCCAAUGCCUUCUCAGCUGCAGUGAAUUUUGUUGAUCUAGCUGGAAGUGAGCGAGCAUCUGCAACAUUGUCUGCUGGCACAAGAUUAAAGGAAGGUUCUCACAUCAAUCGUAGUUUGCUGUCCCUAGGAACUGUGAUUCGGAAGCUAAGCAAAGGGAGAAAUGGACAUAUUCCUUUUAGAGAUUCCAAGUUAACCCGAAUACUGCAAUCUUCAUUGGGAGGCAAUGCCAGGACUGCCAUUAUCUGCACUAUGAGUCCAGCAAGAUGCCAUGUCGAGCAAUCGAGAAACACCCUUUUGUUCGCGAGUUGUGCUAAAGAAGUAGCCACGAAUGCCCACAUAAAUGUAGUUAUGUCAGAUAAAGCACUGGUGAAACAACUGCAAAGAGAGUUGGCUAGAUUGGAGACUGAAUUAAGAAGUCCUAGAUCAACAACAACCACUGUUCUUACACCAAACUUUUCAGCAUUAGUGCACGAGAAGGACUUUCAGAUUGAAAGGCUGGAAAAGGAAGUGAUAAAUCUGACAUUACAAAGAGAUGUUGCUCGAUCUCAAGUCCAUGAGUUGCUACAGCAGCUACGUGAAGAAAGAGAUUCAAGGGCAGAGAUGAACACCUACCCUCAUAUUCGCGUGCGAAGAUCACCCGAAUACGAUGGAAUCCCUGUACUGAAUGCUUCUGUUUUAGCUUCCGUGCCAUCAUAUGGAAUUCGCACCAGAAUGUCUGAGACAUCACAAGAUUACGAUGGAAACAGCGAUAGCGAUUCAGAACUUAACUAUGAACAGUCUGAACACGACGGUAUAUCUUCAAAGCUGUUCGUCAAUACAUCAAAUUUGGAGCAGUGCAAUUACAGUCAGGACUGGGAAGAUAUUGACGGACAAAGUGAUGGAAUAUCAGAAGAAUUAUGCAAGGAGGUUCGAUGCAUUGAGACAGAGAACGCCAGUUUAUACAUGUAUUCCGAGAUGAGCGCAUCAUCUCCUGAUAGACAAGAGGAGGAGAUCUCUGAGCUGAAAAUGUUCGAAAAUGAAAACGAAAACAAUGGAGGGUUGGAAUUUGUCUCAUCACCAACCAUUGGUCCAACCUCCACAGCACACGGUUCUCCCUUUAACGUUCCUUCGCAGGAACAGUCUCCAUGGACUAUGACAAGAGAUGUGUCUUUUCGUGGAAAGCUGCAGUUAAAUAAAAGUAGAAGUUGCAAAGCGAGUUUCGUGACAGAUCCACAAUCAAAUUUCUUCGAGGAACUACAUGGUAAUGAAAGUACACCUCCAAAUGGGUUUGAGAAAGAAUUCUCUGGAAGACCCGAGGGAAUCCAGAGAAAGCAUUGGGUACUAAACUAUGAAUCUGAUGCUAAAGAGGCGUCCGAGCCAAUUGUUGAUAUUAAUGACCGUGAAGAAGAAUGUGAUGAAACUCCAUGCGAUAUGAACAUGAAGGAUGUCACAACAUGUUUCGAACCAAAGGAGGAAAUGACGGCUGAGCUACGAGAUGAGAAGCAAAUUACCGAUGCUCAUGUUGAUAAGCCUGAAGCAAUGAAGAAUGUGAGAAACAUCGGUUUGGACCCAAUGGAAGAUGAUGAUGAUGACGAUAAUUCAAGUAGCUUUAUAAAAGGUAUGAGUUCAGAAGAAGUGAAGAAGGAAGUAAAGGAUGUUGGUUUGGAUCCAAUAUUAGAAGAUGAUUCAAAAAGCAUUUCAAACUGGGACUCUGAAUUCAAAAGGCUGCAAAGAGAAAUUAUUGAACUUUGGCAUAUAUGCAACGCUUCACUUGUGCAUAGAGCCUACUUCUUCUUGUUAUUUAAGGGUGAUCCAUCAGACUCCAUAUAUAUGGAGGUCGAGCUCAGAAGGCUCUCCUUCCUUAAGGAGACAUUUGCAAAUGGUGGGAAGAUUGAUGAAAAUGGCAACACCCUCUCAAACCAAUCAAGCUUAAAAGCCCUUCGACGCGAGAGGGAGAUGCUGACGAAGCAAAUGGAGAGGCGGUUGUCAGUUGAAGAAAGGGAGUGUCUGUUCCUGAAAUGGGGUAUAAAGCUCAAUUCCAAGUACAGGAGGCUGCAGCUGGCGUCCAUGUUGUGGAGCAAAACGGAUGACAUGGAACACAUUUCUGAAUGUGCUUAUAUUAUAACAAAGCUAGUGGGUUCUUCCGAACCAAAGCAGGCCGCCAAGGAGAUGUUUGCUCUCAAUUUUGCACCCCACACUCCACAAAGGAGAUCCUACUCCAUAAAGCGUAGCGUCAUAUCCAUCUUGUGAGUUGCGAAUGUAAAAAAUUAUGUUCAUAUCCAUCCAUCCCCUCCUUUUCCCAACUAAUUUCCACUUUAAGUUAUCUUCAUGCUGAUUGUAGUAAGACAUGUAAAAAUGGAAAAACAAUGAUGUGUACAUGAAAACUUUGUCAUUCAUAAUGUCUUGAUGUUGUGUCAGGCUUAUUAUUAAUGUAAUUUGUGGCAGAUAUGACCAUGAUUUAC